GCGGAGCGGGGGCAGGGCGCGCGCUCGUGAGAACGUCCGGGGAGCGCGCGCGCCGACGCCGACGCCGCCUGGCUGAGCGGAGCUGGAGUUGCUGCCUGUGGGGUUUGCGGUUGAUGGCUCCCACCGAGGGGCUGGCGGCGGCGUCUGCCGCUGUUCCUGCUGUUGCUGCCGAGACCUCCGUCCGCUUCUGGUCAUGAGAGGAGACAGCCCUGAAGCAAAGAUAUCUGGGUCAGAGAAAAAGUAGUUAAGGGCCAUGCAAGCCAAUCGUAGCCAACUACACAGUCCUCCAGGAACUGGAAGCAGUGAGGAUGCCUCAACCCCUCUGUGUGUCCACACAAGAUUGACAGGAGAAGGUUCUUGUCUUCAUUCUGGAGAUGUUCAUAUCCAGAUAAACCCUAUACCUAAAGAAUGUACAGAAAAUCCAAGCUCCAGAAAUACAAGGUCAGGUGUCCAUAGCUGCGCCCAUGGAUGUGUACACAGUCGCUUACGGAGUCAUUCCCACAGCGAAGCAAGGCUGCCUGAUGAUACUGCCACAGAGUCUGGAGAUCAUGGUAGUAGCUCCUUCUCAGAACUCCGCUAUCUCUUCAAGUGGUUGCAAAAAAGUCUUCCAUAUAUUUUGAUUCUGAGUGUCAAACUUGUUAUGCAGCAUAUAACAGGAAUUUCUCUUGGAAUUGGGCUGCUAACAACUUUUAUGUAUGCAAACAAAAGCAUUGUAAAUCAGGUUUUUCUAAGAGAAAGGUCCUCAAAGAUUCAGUGUGCUUGGUUACUGGUAUUCUUAGCAGGAUCUUCUGUUCUUUUAUAUUACACCUUUCAUUCUCAAUCACUUUAUUACAGCUUAAUUUUUUUAAAUCCUACUUUGGACCAUUUGAGCUUCUGGGAAGUACUUUGGAUUGUUGGAAUUACAGACUUCAUUCUGAAAUUCUUUUUCAUGGGCUUAAAAUGCCUUAUUUUAUUGGUGCCUCCUUUCAUCAUGCCUUUUAAAUCUAAGGGUUACUGGUAUAUGCUUUUAGAAGAAUUAUGUCAAUACUACCGAACCUUUGUUCCCAUACCAGUUUGGUUUCGCUACCUUGUAAGCUAUGGGGAGUUUGGUAAUGUAACUAGAUGGAGUCUUGGGAUAUUGCUGGCUUUACUCUACCUCAUACUAAAACUUUUGGAAUUUUUUGGGCAUCUGAGAACUUUCAGACAGGUUUUACGAAUUUUUUUUACACGACCAAGUUACGGAGUGGCUGCCAGCAAGAGACAGUGUUCAGAUGUGGAUGAUAUUUGUUCAAUAUGUCAAGCUGAAUUUCAGAAGCCAAUUCUUCUCAUCUGUCAGCAUAUAUUUUGUGAAGAGUGCAUUACCUUAUGGUUUAGCAGAGAGAAAACAUGUCCACUGUGCAGAACUCUGAUUUCAGAUCAUAUAAACAAAUGGAAAGAUGGAGCCACUUCAUCACACCUUCAAAUAUAUUAAGUUGUAUAAACUAUUAAGGCCACAAAAUACUAAUGUCAUUUGGUCAUAAUCACUACUGAUGAAGGCAUCAAAAUGGAUUUUCAGGGCUACAAGAAAAAUGUUUCUCGAUGGUUUUAGAAUGUAAGACUUAUGGUCCAAUUCAUCAAAAGAUUUAAUGAAAGAACCCUGUGUUUUAAAAUAUAUAUAAUGUUCAGCCUAAUGUAUAUGCCACAUUUAUUCUAUUCUAAUUAUUUGACAGGUAACUGCAGUGUUAAAUUGUAAAUGUGUUUUCUUAAUGUUAACAAAACCACAAUUUGUAGAAUUGGUGGUUUUAGAGAACUCAGGUAUUCUUUCCUGACAUUGUUUUCAGAAUAAGGAAUAUUUUUCAUAAUAUUUUAAGAUACAUAUCAGAAAGAAUUUUGUUCAGCAUUGACUUUUAUAAUUCCCAUCCUAAAAAUUCUUAAUAUUUUCAUAAAAUUUGUAUUUUUAAAUGAAAGUUCUAAAUGUUAUAUUUUAUCAGUAACAGAUUUUUCUAAGAUUACUGAGGAUGAUACAUUUUAAUAUUGUAUUAUUCUCUGUAGUAUGACCAGAAUCAGUGAAAAUAAAUGAUUUAAAUUCAUUUUGUCUAUGGAUCUCAUAAAUUCUUCUAUCAUCAGCUUUAAUGCUCAUGAUCAUGCUUUUUGUGUAGUACCAUGGAGUAUCUUGAAGUAACUAUUAAAAUAAUUCAUGUGGAUU